AUGGCAGGCGAAGAGAGGAACAUGCCGUUCAUCAAGAACCUGGCAUCAAGCGACCGCAAAGCCCGAGAAAAGUCGAUCGAAACGCUGCGCACCUUUCUGACCGCGAGCACAACGUCGCGCUCGCUGUCGGCCCUCGACAACCUCAAGCUCUGGAAGGGCCUGUUCUACUCGCUGUACAUGUGCGACCGGCCGAUCCCGCAGCAGAACCUGUGCGCCGAGCUGGCCGCCCUGGCCGACGUGCUGCCCGACGACGCCGUCGCCCCCUGGUUCACCGGCUUCUGGGACGUCAUGAGCCGUGAGUGGACCGGCAUCGACGUCUUGCGCCUCGAAAAGUUUUUGCUGCUGGUCAGAAGGGUCUUUGCCAAGAGCCUGGUCUGGGUGCGCGAGGGCAAGGGCAAGCAGGCCGCCAAGAGAAAGGCCGACAUGCUCGGCUUGUUCAUUGAGUGGCCUCUCGAGACCUCAGGCGAUCUCAAGAGAGUCCCCGUCGGCCUGAGGUUGCACGUCUUGGAUAUUUGGGUCGACGAGGUUGAAAAGGCCGGCUUCCUUAGCGACGAUGCCACGGAGCAGGACGCAGAAUUCCUCACAGACUUCAAAGCCAUACUGGACGAGAUGAUCAAAAACACCGUGACUCCGGUCAAAUCAAAGGCGAAAGAGAGCCGAAAGGACGACAGAUUACCCUGGAAUGCCAAGAAGGCGGACGACGAAGAGGACGACGAGAUGGACGACGACAGCGAUCAGGAAGAAGAUGGCUGGGGCGGCUUCCGGGAUUGA